AUGUCUUCUGACCAAAAUUUUAUUCACAUGGUACUAUUGUUAUUACAAAACCCUGAUGGAUUAUGUUUAGUACAAACAUUCAGAUUGCUUUAUUCUUGUCUUGGUUAUGAAGCUGGCCAGUCUGCUUGGAUCAGUGCCAUUAAGCAGCAAGAGAAUGAAAUUCUUGAACAAAUUAAAUUUAUUAUGACCAGUUCUACAAAUGUUGAAUUGCUAAAAAAUACUGGAGAAUUGGUAAACAUUUUGAUGGAUCUUGAUGAUGUUCUGUGUAGACGUUGGAGUGAAGCUUCUCUACUUACUUCCAUGUUUGAGGCUAUCAAAGAAAUUGGAUAUGAACCUUGCCCUGCACUGGAAAUUUACAUACAUAAUUUCCAAUUAAUGUCUUGCACUGAAAAAGGUGCUGAAGCCUUAGAUUCCAUGUCUGUUCAACUUCAAAAACUGUUGAUGAAAUAUCUAAUCUACUUGUGUGAUGAACCAAUCGUUGCUGUUGAUAUCAAGGCCAAAUAUUUAGCUGCUGUCCUCUCUCUCAUCAGUUUGAUAUUUUUACAAAACUCUAAAUUUGACAUCAAUACUUUUUAUAAAGGUGAUAUGCUACCUAAAUGUCUGCUGAAGAUUCUGGAGGCUUUAUUUCCUUAUAUAUUUCAUGCUGUAAAGAUAUUGACCCCUAAUAAGGUCCCAAACCGAAGACAUUCAGUAUCGGUGAUUGAAGACCUGGCUACUUUUAAAAAGUAUAGAUGGGAUAAAGACGUUUCUGAAUGUGAAGAAGUUUUGGUUAUUUUGUACAGUUCACUGCAGGCAGCUGUUGCCAACUUUCUUUGGCUAAUCCCGGAGACUGCUGUUGAAGAUUCCAUUUGGAGCCAGAUUCUCCAUUACUUGGACACAGAAUGUGCAGAAUUACAUCUCCAUUAUUUGGUGAUGAUUAUCCAAGAUUUGAGUCAUGAAGUCAAGAGUCCAGUUGAAUAUUUGAAGGUAGUCAGUGACAGUAACGGUCUAUAUAGACUCCAUCACAUUGUAGUGGAUAGCAUCAGUCAUCAAAUGAAUAAGGAACCAACUUCAAGACACCAAAAGACUAAAAGCUCUAUCACAUGA